GUUGUAUUGAUUUCUGCCACACUUCCAAAUGAGAUUCUUGAGGUAACAAGCAAGUUUAUGACAGAUCCUGUUCGUAUACUCGUAAAACGUGACGAGUUGACACUAGAGGGCAUCAAACAGUUUUUUGUUGCUGUUGAGAAAGAAGAGUGGAAAUUUGAUACAUUGUGUGAUCUUUAUGAUACCCUAACCAUCACCCAAGCUGUAAUCUUCUGCAACACAAAACGGAAGGUGGAUUGGUUGACCAGCAAGAUGCGUGAGAAUAACUUCACAGUGUCUUCUAUGCAUGGAGAUAUGCCUCAAAAGGAACGGGAUGCUAUAAUGGCAGAGUUUAGGUCAGGCACAACUCAUG